AUGGGCCACAUAAAUUCGAGCGAGGCAUUCAUCGCCGUAAUCGUGGAUCUCGACCGGGACGCAUACAGCUCACGCAACGGAAUCCCUGACUGCUACGACCUCUUCGACUUGCACGUCCACCGGCACCUUACCAGCCUCUCAGCGCGCACCAUCUACGCCCUCUUCGAAGCCGUCUCCAGCCUAUGCGGGGCCGGCCGAGAGCCGCGGGCUCUAUACGGAUGCCGAGGAGAGCAGACAUUGCCCACCCUCCUGCUUUACGGUGCAGAGGGACUCAAGCUCUUCGAGGGCAUUACAUACCUCGAGGAGUACUACCUGACUAACACCUAA